AUGGCUUCGACGGUGAUUGUUGGAAGCGGCAUCAUCGGUAUCGCAACGGCUUAUUACCUCUCUGAGCAUCAACCCGGUUCAAGCAUCCACUUGGUUGACUCAUCAGCUGAGCUGUUUGCAUCAGCGUCUGGAUAUGCGGGUGGUUUCCUCGCAAGGGACUGGUUUCAUGCAGACCUGGCAUCUUUGGGAGCCCUUAGCUUUGACGAGCAUGAGAAAUUGGCAAAAGAGUAUAAUGGACGUGAGAAGUGGCUGUACACCAAGUCAGUCACUGUGAAUUAUGAGUUGCCCAGGAGGAAACCAAAAGGGUUUGGAGGGCAGGAUUGGUUACGUGAGGGUACCAGUCGUGCGGAUCUGGUGGAGGACAAGGGGGAAGUUAGAGAUAAGAAUAGUCCUCCGUGGUUGAGGCGUGUCAAGGGUGAUACUCUGAGUUUGGUUGACAAUGGUGAAGGGACAGCUGUUCUUGACCCGCUACGACUCUGUCAGUUCCUCCUUGAGCGAUGUCGGGCAGCAGGUGUCAGGAUACACAAGCCCGCUGUCGUUCUAAAUGUAGGCGCCGAUUGCCACGAUGAGUUAUCAUAUGUCCGUAUCGGCUACACGGACUGUUCGUCAGAAACAAACAUCCCGGCUACGCGUGUCCUGGUAUGCGCCGGGGCAUGGACACCCAGUGUCUUGGAGUCGAUGUUUCCAGGGUCCUCUAUCAACAUACCGGUAGUGAGUCUCGCGGGUCACUCGCUGGUUGUGAAAAAUCCUACACAUGUAGGCGACACAUUCCAUUCGGUGUAUAGUAGCAUGGAUACCUUCUCGCCUGAAAUAUACGCUCGACCAAAUGGACAUAUUUGGCUAGGUGGACUGAACGCAUCAAUACGGCUUCCGCCGUUCGCAACAGGUGCAAAGCCUGAAGAUGCAUCGCUUGAGAGACUGAAGGAUUUAGCACGGCAAGUCAUCAAGACUGACGGGGAUGAGUUGGAAGUUGUACGAACAGGACUUUGCUUUCGACCUGUGUCGGAGCGGGGGACGCCUUAUAUCACACGAAUAGAGGAUGUAGAUCUACGGCAGGGUUAUAGGACGCGGAAAGGUAGCAAUGGUGGUGUUUAUGUUGCGACGGGACAUGGACCAUGGGGUAUCAGCUUGUCUUUGGGAACAGGAAAGGUGAUGGCGGAGAUGAUGCAGGGGAGGAAGUUAAGCGCCGAUAUAAGUGAGUUGGGAUACUGGCCGUGA